GGCAGUUUGCCCUCGCUUUCUUCGGUGUCUUAAUUUCAUUGAUCCGUCGGACCCGAAAUCUUUGUUCUCUCCUCCACCCCCGACCCAAAAACCCUGCAAUGUUUGUGAAAAGAACCCAGAACCUCUAAAUAACUAGAAAAAAAUACGUCUCAGUAAACUAAGUAAAAUCAAUAAACAAACAGAAAGAAAGGAAAAAGGGAGGAAGUUCCGGCUGUCUCUCUAAUUCCUUCCAUGCAAGCUGAACCUUAUCAUAUGAUAUAUCUCGUCGUCCUCUCUCCCAAAAUCCCCGGCCCUUUCCUUUUCCAUAAUUUUUUACCCUUUUCUCUCGUUAUCAGAUCAGCCAUACACUUCGUCGAUUCUAAUGGACGACGAUAAUAACCAUCGUCGUCAUAACCACCACAGCAUUCACCCUGCCGCCGAUCCCAAAAAGCAGCAGCAGCAGCAGCAGCUUUUCCCCUCGCCGGUUGUAAUUCGGAGAGAGCUCGUCUACGCUUUUCUUUCCUUGUUUCUCUUAAUCGGAUCUUCUCUCUACGCCUUGGAUCUCCUCGCCCCGCUCGAUCCGGUCUCCUACUUUCGGGUCGGCUUCUUGGCCCGAACCUUGACAGCCUGCGGUGACUACGGCGACGGGGAGUGGGUCCGGGAUGUGAGGAAGAACCAGGACGACGUCGGAUCGUACGGGGAGAACUGCCCGUUUCUUGAUCCUGGCUUCCGCUGUCGCUGGAACGGCAGGGAUGACGUGGAUUAUCUCAACUGGCGCUGGCAGCCACGCCGCUGUAACCUCCCCAGAUUCAACGCGACGGACUUUCUGGAAAGGGCGAGGAACGGGAGGAUAGUGUUCGCCGGGGACUCCAUCGGCAGGAACCAGUGGGAGUCGUUCCUCUGCAUGCUGGCGCAGGGAGUCUCCAAUGUCUCCACCAUCUACGAAGUCAACGGGAAGCCCAUCUCCAAGCACAGAGGCUUCCUCGUCAUGCGAUUCAGCGAAUACAACCUCACCGUCGAGUACUACAGACUGCCCUUUCUGGUGAUCAUCGGCCGCCCGCCUCGCGGUUCCCCGCCAGAGGUCAAGGCGGCGAUCAAGGUCGACCAGCUCCACUGGUUCUCCAACAGAUGGGUCGGUGCAGACGUUCUGGUGUUCAAUGCUGGACACUGGUGGAACCAGUACAAAACCAUCUACAUGUACGUAACGCGGUGUUGUAGGAAUGGGACGUGGGCCGAUGGAGGGCACUGUGAUCUGGACCUGCAACCAGAGACGAACCCGAAGCUUCUUGCCCCUGAGCCGACGAAUAACCGACCGAUUUCUCAAGUGAUUACAGAGAUGAGAUGGGGAAACUACAAGAGAGUUGAGUACUUGAACAUUACACAUCUGACAGAGUACAGGAGCGACGGCCACCCAUCGCGCUACCGUGAGCCGGGGACCCCACCGGACGCUCCACAGGAUUGCAGUCACUGGUGCCUACCAGGAAUCCCAGAUGUGUGGAAUGAAAUUAUGUAUGCUCAUUUGCUGUCGAUGGGAUUCAGAACCAACAGAUGA